AUGACACUUAAUCCUGAUUACAGACACUUACUCAAUUUUCAUUUCAUUUUCUUUCUUUUUUUAUUACUUCCUCCUCAAUAUCUUUCUAAUUUACUAUUCACGUUCACCCUUUUCUUUAAUUUAUUUCUCUUUUGUUAUUUUUCUCUUUCUUUUUUAUGUUUUCUUUCAUUUUCUUUCCUUUCAUUCACUCCCUUUUCUCUUUACUUCCUUCUUUUGCUUUUUCUAAUUUUAUUCCUCAAUCUUAUCCCGUGUAUUCUUUCAUUUCCUCUUUUUUCUUCCUUUCUUCUUCGCUUUUCUUUUUCACUGUUUAAAUCCGUUUUUAUUCCUUUUGGCUUCCUUAUUUUUCUUCCUAUUUUACCAGAUUUUCUUCUUUUUCCUUCUUUUUGUCGUCUUCUUUCUAUUUUCUGUAAUUCUUUCCUUUUUUAUCUUUCUUUCUUUCUUAUUUUACUUACUUUUCCUUCUCUUUUUCCUUCUAAAUUCAUUCGUUUUUUCUUCUGCCGAUCUUUUUAUAUUUCUUUUCUUUUUUCUUUCUUUACUUUUUUCCCCUUAUCUUUCUUUCAUGUUUUCUUUCUUUUUCAUAAUUUCCUGAGUUUUUUUUUCCUUCUUAAGUCUUUUUUUCCCGUCUUACUUCCGUUUUACUUUUAUUCCUUUCUCUUCUUUUUUAAAUUCUUUUCGACCAGAGACUUUUUUAUUUAUUUUGUAACCAUUCAUACACCAUUCCUAUCAUUUCAAAUUUGUCUUUCUUUUCUCUUUCUACUAAAGAACUCUUUUUCAUCCGUUACUCUUUCAUUCAAUGAGUUAUCUUCCUUCCUUUUUCGCCACACUUCUUGUCAAAACUCCUGCAGUCUGCUAUGUUUUUGUUCACCUUUUUUUUUAUUCAUUCUUUUUUUUGGAUUCUUUCAUUUAAUCUUUUUUCAUAUAUAUUUCAUCCUUUUUUCUUCUUCUUUCAUUCAUAAUUUUUCUUAUUUCCUUCCUUCAUUCUUUUUUCUCAUUCCUUUCAUUCAUUCAUUGUCUUAUUUCUUUCAAUCGUUAUUUUUAUUACUUAUGUCUUUGAUUAUUUUCUUACCAUUUUAUUCAUUCUUUUUCUCAUUCUAUUCUCUUUUCAAUCAUUCUUUUCUUAUUCUUUCAUUCAUCAUUUUCUUUAUUCCUUUUAUUCAUUUUAUCUUUUAUGCAUUUUUUCACUCAUUUUUCUCAUUCGUUCUUUCAAUUAAUUAUGAUUAUAAAUAUUUUCUCAAGUUUCAUUUCAUUUUUCUUCCGUUUCAUUUCAACCCUUUUCCUUAUUUUUUUCUUUCAAUAAUUUAUUUCACUAUUCUUCAUUAUUCUUAUCUCAUUCACAUACUUCAUUCUUGCUUUUAUUUUUUAUUCAAUCUUUUCCUUAUUGUUUUCGUUCAUUCUUUUUCAUAUCUGUUUCAUUGA